CAGUUGAAAUCAGUUGGAGAGAUGAGGACUGUUGUAUAAAUGUUGUAACUCUUUUGUAGUUUUACUGCUCAAACAAUUUAGAGGAUGUGGCGACUAAUCUGAUGACUAAACCCGGUAUCUAAUAUGCAGUAAUACCAGAGCUGGUGGAGCACUGUUAUACAUGAAAGUGAAUUAUUGGAUGCGAGUCACUAACAACUGGGCUUUCGUUAUAUUGGCUGAUAGUCUUGUGUGAGGACUGACUGUUUGUGUCAUAAAAAUGUCUUUCCUUAUGUUAGGAAACGGAAUUGACAUUUUGACACUUGUAUGACAUACUGGAGCACUGUUAUUGUGGUUGAGUUACAUUAAUACUACACAUAACUUUGCUCAAAGACUACACGUGCUAACUGUGCUCUCAAACAUACACACAAUACAAAUGAUACACGAGUUGUGAGACUGAGUACCACUGACUUGAGUGCAGUCUCUUCUUAGACACACAUAUUUGAGAGUUUCAUUAAUAAACAGUCAAACACUAUGAAUGACUUGUCUUUUGCUAAUAUAUGACUCGUUUGACAACUUUAUUAAUGUCAUCACUCAUGAAGUCUUUUAUUAAUAAUAAUUGAAUUAAACAUCACUUGUCUCUCAUCUCACUAAUAAUCAUAAAAACAUAAAUAAUUUCUGUUUUUUGUCAACUUUUUAACACCACAAGAGACUAUGUCUUACACUGGAUUUGCUGGAUAUCAUUGUCAUACACAACAACUGUCAUCUCAGCUUUCAAUAAUGACAUCCAAUUCAAACAACUCAACCACAGACUCUCCGUGUUGUGCUUCCAGUGCGGGCACUGAUAGUCGUAGUCAUACUAAUGUGAACAGUACUCCAACUAUGAACUUAAAUGCAACUGAAGACAACCACUUACCACCGAGUGUUGGUCUGACAGCAACACCAAUAUCUCCGUCGACAUCAUCAGUCUGUGCUCUGACUACUCCCUAUGAUUCCCGUUUAAUAUCAGGUUAUCCUCGACUCGGAAGCUUUUAUGGCUCGUCAUAUUCCGAACAAAACUCUUUUUAUACCUCAGGAACCAAUCCUUUCUAUUCUUCAUUUGGUAAUCCAUAUGACUUAAAAGAUCCAAAUGCUAACGGAUGGGCUCCGUUACCUCAAACCACGUGCUAUCCUUAUGAACCAACUAUAUAUAGUCCUUAUAGUGAGAGGUAUAGUGCAAUGGAUAGCGCGACCCGACGUAAGAAUGCCACCCGAGAGACGACAAAUACAUUGAAGGCCUGGCUCUAUGAACACCGAAAAAAUCCAUAUCCGACUAAAGGAGAGAAGAUAAUGCUCGCAAUUAUUACUAAAAUGACAUUAACUCAAGUCUCCACUUGGUUUGCAAACGCCAGAAGACGUCUAAAAAAAGAAAAUAAGAUGACGUGGGAACCCAGGAAUAAAGGUAAUGAUGGCGACGGUGAUGGCGAUGGACAGGACUCGGAUGACAAGGAUGACUCGUGCAGAGAUAGUGAUGACAACUCAUCAAACAUUAAUAUCGCUGAUAACAGCAACCAAUGUCUCAAUGGUCGCAAUAAGCUGUCCGUCAAAAGUGAGUCUGACUCUCGAGUCUCUCAUAAGUCUAACACCACUGAUAUAACAACAUUGACUGUCAGACAACCAACUGAUUUGGAUUCAGCAAACUCUUACCAAACAUCUAAAGAGGUUAUUGUUGAGAAAAGUCAUUCCGAGCACAUCCAUAAUGGACACGACUCUAAAUCUAUUGUAUUGCAUCAAAUAAAUAACAAUUCAAGAGUUAGCGCACAAUUAGCAGCGAGUCGUCAUCAUAUUAAACAGGACUCGGCAUCAAAUAUGUUGGACAGUAUGACCAGUAUUGAUAACAUAGGCCAGAGACCAAAGAUAUGGUCGUUGGCACAAACAGCUACAUCACACAGUCCUCCAUAUACUGGCAAAAUAGGUACCCCUACCGAGUGGGCACCGACAAUGCCUCCGGGACCGGAUGCACCCAUUGCGCCCCUCUCUAUAUCUGAUUAUCAAAGAGAUUGUCCACAGGGUUCACGAUUUCCAACGACUAAUUUACGCAAAUGUUCACAAAAUUUAGCAGAAGAUCACUAUAUAACUAACUAUAACAAUACCAGAUCUUCAGCGAUGCAGUUGUUCGGCUCAGAGACUAUUGGAUCUCAUAAUUAUUUUAAUAGUCAUCAAACUAAUAAACCAAGUAUUACGGGCACAUUUAGCGGUAAUGGCACGACUUACUCACACCUACCACUGUCAGCACCUGUUCCUCAUUUGAUGCACUCAAACAGCGAUUCCUUUAAUAACACAUAUAACGGAAUUCGUCCGAUCCUUGAAUCCCAAACAUCUCACAACACUAUGAAUGAUAUUAAUGAUAACCGUUUGUCAAACGGAUCCCUUUCCAAAUCAAAUACAUUUUUGUGUAAAGUGUUUCCUGAUUAUAUAUCCUCGGGUCCGGACGCACUGUCACUCAAUGAUAAUAACAGUGACAGAGGAGGCUCUACUCUAAGCAUUGAAGACUCGUCAAUGUCUUCAUCUUCGUCACCGAAUUUGGACAUAAAUAUUGUUAAACACAUCAAUGGUUCAAAUUCUUUAGGUUUUUCCGCAUUUAGACCAACACUUAAAAGAUAGUGAGUUUCAAAUAUUUUUAUGUUUUCACACUAUCUGUUGGACUUUACAUCAAAAUAUUUC